AUGCGCGCACGCACCUCCGCCCUCCUUCUCGUCGCGCUCGCGGCGCUCGCGUCGACCGCGCGCGCGGCGGACGCGACGCCCGCCGCGGACGCCUCGGCGCAGCGACGAAGGCUGCAGACCAUCGGCCACCACAACACCCACAUCUCCUCCGGCACCGGCACCCACGUCGGCGACAUGGUCCACAGGCUCCGCGACGCCCACGAGGACAACGUGCAGAAGAUCGAGGACGCCGCGCGCGCCGCGCAGGCUUCGGUUCAGGCGGCGCACGACGCCAACAUGAAAGAGAUCGCCGACACCACCGCAAAGUUAACCAACGCGCACGACGAGACCAGGGACAGAACCCUCGCGCUCAUGAACUCCGCCGAGGAGCGAUUCUCCGCGGCGAUGACCGCCGCGAUCGCCGCGCUCGCCAACGCCGCCGAGGCGUGGCGCGAUCACCUGCGCGAGUCCUCCGCGAGGUACAAGGCUCGAGUCGAGGCGUUCCAGGAUAAGCAGGUUGAAAGGGUCGGCAAACUCGCCGGCGUCGCGGCGGGCGUGAACGCGUACGGAAAGCAAAAGGUGGACGAAGCCUACGACGCGCACAGGCAACGCGUGGCUGACAUGGUGUCCGAGAUUGGCGACCACCUCGGGGACACCGCGGAUAAGCUCACCGGCGGCAAGGGCGUCUCGGGCCGCAGGCUUCUCGAGGACCACGACGACGACGACGACGAGGAAAUGGACCGCCGCGAUCGCGAUUGGCCCAACUUUCGCAUGAACCAGGACGGUCCUUUCGAGCGCGUUCGCAAGGGAUGGUCCGAGUUUGGCAAGCACCGACGGGACCGCUGGAAGAAGCACCACCAGCCGGUGAGCUCGGGCACGGGAACCCUCGUGGGAGACGCCAUUCACAACGCUCGCAACAAAAACAGGCAUCGCCACCACCAGCCGGUGAGCUCUGGCACCGGAACGUUCAUCGGCGACGCGAUUCACAACGCUCGCAAGAACGCGAGGAGCAAGGAGGACGACGAGUGA